UCUUUGAAAGCGAAACCUAUGUGGAUUUGCAUUUUUCGUCAAAUUAAAAGCAUAAACAUUUGAGUUUUUUGGAUACCCACCUAAAGGAGAUAAUUUGGCAACUUUUUAAUCACAUUUUAGCACUAGAACUGAGGUGAGUAUGGAUGAUGAUGAUGUACCAGCGCUGUCUGCGGAGACAUUUGCAGCACUUCAGGAGUUUUAUGCAGAGCAGCAGAAGCGACAGGAAAUACUUGACAAGUUACAGGCUGAGAACAAACUGAAGGAAAACAUACUUUUUGAUGAGAAUUGGCAACUAAGUCAGUUCUGGUACGACGAGGCCACAGUGCAGGCACUACUAAAAGUGGUAAACAAGGCAAUAGAUGGAGGCAGGGUGGCACUGCUGUCCUGCCCCACACUGUUUGUGCCAGUGAAGCGGCAGCUUGGAAACCGUGCUACCGUAUCCCUUCUGGAGUACGACCGGCGGUUCGAGGUGCACGCCCCCGACUUCAUCUUCUACGACUACAACUUCCCGGACAAGCUGCCUCCGGACCUGGAGCGGUACGACCUGGUUGUGGCUGAUCCGCCAUUCUUGUCUGAAGAGUGCAUCGAGAAGACCUCGCAGACUAUCAAACUUUUGGCCAAGGAUAAGAUCGUGGUGUGCACAGGGGCGGUGAUGAAGGAAAAUGUGGAAAAACUGUUGGAUUUGCGAAUGUGCGAGUUCCAGCCGCGCCAUAGGAACAACUUAGCCAACGAGUUCGCGUGUUACGCUAAUUUUGAUCUAGAUGGCGCUUUAAGAUGA